AUGGUGGAUGCUAGUUUGGCGGUUGCUGCAUUGCAGGGUGCCGCACUUCAACAAGCAGCUGCAGCAAAUCGUGCAUUAUACCUACGGAAUCCUCUAGCACAAGCAUUAGCGGUUCGGAAUUUACAAAACCUUAAUAUGCAAAAUCAGCUUGCUGCACUUGGACAGCCACAGCAGUUGAAUUUUAUUACACCAGCCCUCGCAGCUCAGAUGCAAAGUCAGGGUCUCUUAUUGGGUGCUGCACAGUUGCCUCAAACAAAUACUCAACCACUGCAGCAAUCUUACGAUACCGCGACUUUGCUAACUGAGCAAGCACGUUUGCAGCUUGUUGCUGCGCAGGCAAAUCCAGCUUUAAUGGCGGCAGCAGCAGCAGCAGCAGCGCGUAAUGCUGCGGCAAAUGCACCUGGUACUACGUCCAUUGGUGAACAUUAUCUUGGUCAAGCAUUAACAGCAGCAUUGCCAGGCUAUCCGGCUAUGGCAGCAGCUACGUAUCGCACGCUGAAUCGUUUUGCACCGUACUAA